AUGAUUAAAAAGGGAUCUGAAUCUAACCGGGCUUUAAGAAAGAAAUUAAAUAAUGAUAUAACAAAUAUAUUGCUGCUUUUUGAAAAAGUACAAGAAUGGGCUGAUUUAAGUAAUAUACUACAAAAAUUAUAUUUAACGAUUGAAAAAUAUGAAGUAUUCUUAGAUAUAUCAUCAAAAUUUUUAUUAUUUAGAAGAUUGUCACAAUGUUUAAAUCCAUUAUUACCAUCAGGAGUUCAUUCAAAAGCUUUAAUAAUUUAUGGAUCGAUAUUUAAAAAAGUUGAGAAAACCUAUUUUAUGGAUAAUAUUCACAUAUUAUGUUCAGGUGUUUUUGAGUUUAUGUUACAUUGUACCGUUAGUUUAAAGACAAUAUAUUUUAAAAAUAUAAAAUGUAUAUUAAAUUUGAGAGAAAAUAUUCAUAUGUUUACAUAUGCAUUAUUGUUAUCUCUGUUUAAUGUUGUAGAUAGUGACAACAACAUUUUAUUAUACAUAUAUUCAAUAAAUAAUUAUAUAGGAGAGAAUAUAUUUUUUAAUAAUUUAUGGUUACUAUUAUUAAGACAUUCAGAAAUUAGAACAAAUGUUUUAAACUUUUUAGAAACCUCAUUUAGCCCACAAAUAUAUUUAUUAUCUAAAGAGAGAAUUAAAACAUUACUUCCUUACAAAGAUGAAUUAGUAUUAUCUUCUUUAAUUUUUUCAUUGAACGAUAAAAACAUUUUAAAUCAAAGAAUUACAUUAAGUUUACUUAUAAAUAAUUUCCCUUUAUAUGAUGUAGAAAUAGAAUCGAAUUUACCUCCCCAUUUAGCAAAUGCUAGACGUCCUGGAUUAAAUAAAAAUAACAGUAUCGACAGUACAACAUCAUAUAAUAAUAAUUCACGACAAAACAUUUCAACCAUACGAAACAGAGAUGACAAUUUAAACAUAAGACGGAAUAAUACAUAUUCUCAAUCUUCUGAAAACUUUCCAGUAAAUUAUUUUAACAAUGAUGAUAGAAGGGGACAAAAAAAUGUAACAUCUGAAAGUAGUUUAGCCAAAUAUGAAAUAAAUAAACGGCAUAUAAGUGGAAAUGAAAAUAUAAUGAAAAACGAUGGUUCAGAAAAAGAUAUAUUUAGUAAUACAUAUGUUAGUGAACAUAAUAAAAAUGAUAAUGACAUGCGAUAUAAAAAUAAUUUAAAUAAUGACCAUCGUGAAGGUAAUCAAUCAGUUUCAUCUAAUGAUGUCUUAUUCAAUGAGGUUAGUAAAAAAAUAAUAAUAAGGAAUGUAAUGUUUUUAUUACGUAAAUCGGAUAUGGGAUUAAAUAGACGUAUCUUCAAAUACUUAUAUAUGUAUGAAAGUAAUGAUGAUAAAAAUUUAAAAGAUAAUGUAAGUUUAGAUAGUUAUAAAAUAUAUUAUGAGACUAUUAUUGAUAUACUUGAAAAUAAGUUUAAUGAUAAUCCAAUACAUAUUUUAGAAGUUUUAUUUAUAUUAUUUAAAAAUACAGAUUAUAUAAAUAUUAAUAAAUAUAUUAUGGAAAAUAUAUUUUUAUAUUUAUUAAAGUUUUUUUAUAAAAAUAGAGAAGAUAAUAAUGUUAAUGAAUAUUUUAAAAAAAUAUUAGAUAUAGAAUUAAUAAGUUUUGAAACAAUUACAAAUAUAUUAAUGUAUACUUUCCAUUAUUUAAAAAAUGAUGAAGAACUAUUUAAUAAUAAUAUAAAUGCAUAUAUCAAAAAAUUUAUGAAUUUGUUAAAUAUUAUGACAUAUUUCCUUGAAUAUAUACAAGACAUAAAUAAAAAUUUUUACCUCUAUUUUGUAUUUAUCUUCAGUACAGCCUUACUAAAGUUUGUAAAUUUUUUAAAUAGCAAGCUAAUUUAUAUGAUACAAACUCAUUUGACAAUAAACCUAUUCAAUGACUAUCAUCAGUUUUUAAAUUUUAUACACUUGAUACCUGGGAAGGAUGCUGCCUUAUGUUAUUUUCAUUUUUUUGUAAUUAAAUAUAAUAACUUUUAUUUGCAAAAGGCAUUGUUUUUGAUUAUUACUGGUGUUUUGUCUAAAGAGGCUGCUUUUCAAGGGAUAGGAAGUAUAGCUAACUUUGCAAGUCCCACACAUGAUGAAGAAGAUGAUACAAACUUUGAAAAUAAUUAUAAUAAUAAUUUUGAAUUUCACCACACAAGUAGUAAUGAAAAAGGAAAUAGAAAUUAUUUACAAAAUGGAAAAAAUUUUAAACAUAAUGAAAAUGAAAUGAAAAGAAAUAAUUCGAAUAGCCAAAUUGAUGAUACAAAUUCAAAAACAAGAUUAAAUUUUGAAUGGAAUGAAAAAUUAAAAUAUGUUUUUAAAAAAUAUAUAAGUAAAUUAAAAUAUAAUUUAAUUGAUACGAUUAUAAAAAAUAAAGAAUUUCAUUUUUUUACAAAUAAUUAUGAAUAUAUAAUAUUUUUAUUUUUUAAUUAUCAUAUACUAAUUGAUAAAGAAAAAUUAAAUGAUAGUUGUGAAUUUUUUUUAAUUAAUAUUUUAAAAAAUUGCACUAGGGAAAAUACAAAUAAGUUUUAUUUCUGGGCUUAUUUAUUUUUAAAUGUUAUACGCAUUAAUUUUAAUAAGAUUGUUUUAUUAAGUUGUAGAGAAAUAAAAACUGAAAAAAAAAGAAUGUCAAAUCAGAAUUUAACAUCAUUAGAAAAAUCAAAUAGCAUAUCUAUGAUACAAACUAAUGAUCUAAGUAAAGGUCAAAAUAAAGAUAAUAACAAAAAUGAAGGAAAAACAUUUAAUUAUGAUAAAAACUAUGAAGACGAUAAUUUUAUUAUUAAUCAACUUAAAGAACAUUGUGAAUAUAGAGAACGUAAAUUAAAUAUAAAUGGAUUUAACAAUAUAGAAGAGUAUAUAUUAUUUGAUGCAUUUGAAAAUGGUGAUAGUAGUGAGAUACGAAAUAGUUUUGAUGAUCUAAUUAAAUUUAGUGGAAGAGGUGGAAGUAGUAGUAAUUAUUUUUCAUCCUUUAGAAAUUAUUUUAGUAAUGUUAAAUCAGCAUUAUUAUUUGAUCGAAAUUUUGUUGCAAAAAUUUUAAUUUAUUCAAAAAAAAUUGUAAAACAUGUAUUUAAUUAUAUAAAAAUAUUGAAACAUAAUAAAUGUUUUAUCAAAUUAUUUUUCGAUCUAAAUUAUAUGUACAACUUUUGUCAUAAUCAUUAUUGUUUAAACAUUUUAAGAGAGUCAUUAAAAAGUAAAGAUUCAAAUGAAUUAGUGUGUAAUGCUAAAAUUAUUUUAGAAUAUAUUAUUAAUAAUAAAAUAAGCGACUUUCAUAUUAUUCAUUCUAAUUUCUAUAAUCUAACUCAUGAUUUAUUUAAGCUAUAUGAAAAAAGAAAUAUAUUAAUAAAUUUUUAUCUAGUAAAAUAUAUAAAAAGUAAUAAAAAAAAUAUACCAUACAUAUUUGAUCAUAUUAUUAUUGGCAUGUUUGAACUGAUUGAAAGUAUAGAAAAUUUAUGUAUUAAAGAAGAGAAAGAAAAUUCAAAAAUGGGGAUCUAUAAAAACGUAGAUAAUUAUGAAGUGUACAUAGAUAAUGACAAUAGUAAUCGAAUUAAACAGAGGGAAUAUCAAGACAGUUUUUACUACAACAAUAAUGAACUAGAGUAUGGAGGAAACAAAAUUGGAACUUCUAAUUAUUUAAAAAAUAAACAAAAUAGCUCUUCAGAUCUUCGUAAAAAUUAUGAAAUUCUUUUAAAUAAAUUAAAAUGUAGAUUUGAUUAUUUAAAUUUCUUUUUUUGUAAUAUUGAAAAUUUUAUGUUAUGGCUAUACCAACAUAAGAUUAGUAAGAAUAUUUAUAAUUAUAGAGAGAAAAUGAUAUUAAAAAAUUAUGAGCAAAAUAUUAAUAUUAUUGUAUGUUGUAUAUGUACAGAAGGAAAUAUAAGUUCAUUAUAUUUUAGAAAUUAUUUAGAUGUAUUUUUUAUUUUAUUUUUACGUAUUCUAUAUCUUAAUGAACGAAUACAAGAUGUAAAUAAUUUAGAUUCAAAUUUAAAUCCAAAGUCUAGCAAAGCAAAUGAAAUAAAUUCCUAUGAAGAUAACAGCCAAUUAGAAAUAGGUAGACAACAUAAAAACCAAAAAAAAAAUAAUAAGAUAUUAUUUAAACAGAACAUACUGCUAGAAUUUAAAAGAGAUGUUAUUGGUCUUAUAAAUAAAAUAUUUAAUUUAAAUGAAAGUAAACAUUUUGAAUAUACAAAAAUUUUACAUAUAUAUUAUAAAGAAACAAUACAUCAUUUUUUAUUUUUAUUUUAUUAUUUUACAAUUAAAAAAUAUUAUAUAUUACAAAUACAAUUAAUUCGAUUUAUCCGUUAUGUUUUAUUUCGUUAUGAAAAUAAUGGAGAGAAGUUACUUCUUUAUGGACUAUUACCAUCUACCUUAACAUCUACCAAUGCAAACACAACAACACAAAAGGAAGAAGAUAAAGAAGGUGGGAAAACAAAAGGAAGUAAACUAUCAACAAAAUAUACAAACUAUGAAGAAUUUAUUAUAGCAAGUAACAAUUAUUUUGAUAUAAUUAAUGCUAAUAAUGAAAAAAUAAAAAAUGAUGUAUUCAUAUUUAGUGUGCUAAGAAAAUCUAUGACAAUUAUAUUAAAUAUAAAUGAAAAAGUAAUAUAUAAAGAAGUUUUAAAAAGUAUUAUAUAUUUAAUUGAAAAUAUAAUUACUGAAAGAAAUGUAAAAACGUAUUAUUUGACUGUAUUUUUUCUCGACCUAUUAUAUAUUAUAAAAAUUGAAGAUAAAAAGAAAAAAAAAAACUUUUUUUUUAUAAAAAAGUUUUGUCAAUUUUUGUUGGAAAUUUUUAAAUUAAUAUAUAAAGAUGAGUUACUUAAUGAAAAAAAAACAGAAAUGAAAACAGAAAAUAAAAAUGAAAUUAAACAAGAAUAUAAGUAUGAUUAUAAUAGUAUUACCAUUGAAGAGAUUGAACAUAGCUUGAUUGAAAAUAAGAUUCCUAUUCAACCAUUUUGUGCAAUUUUUUCUAUAAAGACAGAUGAUAAAUAUUUGAGUAUGCAACAUUUAAAUAUAUCUACACUCUUUUCUGUCAUUUUUAAUCUUUAUGUUUUUCUUAAAAAACGAUUAAGACGUUAUUAUAAAAAUGAUAAAGAUUUAAUAAACUGGGAUGAAAAUAAAAAUACAUCAAUGAACAACAAUAGUAGCAUGUACAAUUACAAUAACAGUAGCGUGUAUAACUACAACAACAGUAGUAUGUAUAACGAAAUAAAUAGUGAGCAUAAUCCAGAUAAUUACAACAAAGACUUACAUAGUAACAUAUAUGAUCGUGAUGAUAAUUUACCCCAUUUAAAUAAUCAUGAUAUGGAUAGAAGAGAAAAAAAAUCAAACUUACAAAAUAAGGACAUCUAUCAAGCUAACAAUUAUAUGGACAACACAAUGAGAGAAAACAUGUAUAAUGAAAAACUUGAGCCAACUAAAUUCCCAGAUGACAACUAUGAUGAUAACUUUUUGAAAAAUGUAGACCAUAAUGAUAUGGCAAAUAAUGAAAAUGCUCAAAAUGGUGGUAAUACAAAAAAAGCAGGAUAUGGAUAUCCUUAUGAGCAGAAUGAAGAAGGCACCUACCAAAUGAGAAGUACUGACAAACGAGCUAAUGAUUAUUAUUAUAGAGAUGAAAAAGAAAUACAAUCUAAUUAUAAAAAAGAUAUAACAAAUAAUUAUGGAAAUAAUGACUAUGACUCAUAUGGUAAUAAUACGGGAAAGCAAGUUCGAAUGAAUGCUAGUGGAUCAGGAUAUGAAAAAAAAUAUGGAAAUACUGAAAAUAAUUAUGGAGAUAAUGCUGAUAAAAAUUAUUUAAUGAAGUCUGUACAUUAUAAUUCAGAUUGGGACAAUAAUAAAAUGUUAGGAGAUAGAGAUGGAAAUCGAAAUUAUAAUAAUUUAAAUAAGUUGAAUAAUGGAUAUAUUGCAAGUUUAAAAAAGAAAAAUAAAAAAGUAUCAUUAUUAAAAGUAUGUUUAUCUAAUAUAAUAUCGAUAAGUAAGAUUACCUAUUUUAUUACAAGAAAUGAAUUUUUAUUUAUAAGUAAUUUAUAUACAUUAUUUAAAAUGCAUAUUCCAAAUUAUAAAGUUGACAAUGAUAAUACAGAAGGUGGAGAUAAAGAAGAAGAUACACUUAAUGCUCACGAUGAUGUGUUUGAAGAAAAGAAAUUUCAAACAGACGAUGAAACUAGUAAGUAUAAUAGUGGUAGUGAACAAAGUAGUACUGAUCCUAAUGGAACUUUUGAUGAACAAGAUAUUGCAAAAAGAGAUAAACAUAUGUUAAAAAAAUUAGAGAAUAUGAAAAAAUAUGGUAAAAAACAAAGUAAAAAAGAUAGAAAAAUUCAUCAAUAUUUUUUAAAAAAAUUAAAUAAAAAAAAAAAAAAAAAUAAUAUAUACGAAAAUGUAAAAUUAUCAGCAUUUUUACUUUUACUAACUGAAUUUAAUGAAGAUAUACUUGUCAAAAUAUUAGAAGAUAUAAUAAAUUAUUAUGAGAAAUAUAAAAACAAAAUAAAUAUAAAUACAUUUAUGUAUUUUUUAUUUAAUAUAUAUUUAAAUAUAUGUAAAUUAUCACAAAAGGUGAUAAACUGCUUUGUUGAUACUUUAUUUUCAUUAAUAAAAAAGAUAACAUUAAAUGCUCAAAAUGUUAUGAGUAGUAUAUGGUUUUUAUAUAUCUUAUUUAUAAUUGAAAAUAAUCAUGGAUAUUUAUUUAAUGAUAAGUUACAUAAGAAAAUUAUUAUAGAACAGAUCAACAUUGUGAUUCAGAUAUCAUUAUAUAGUUACUAUGCAAAAAAUAUAAAAAAUAAUUAUAACAUACAAUUGCCAUUACCAAGUUUUGUUUAUCCCUUUAAUAUUUAUUACAUUAAAAAUAAUUCAAGUUUUAUUGUUAGUAAAUAUUUCAGGAAUAAAAAUGAUAAUACAAAAUUAGCCAGCUUUAAUAAUGAUGAAGAGAUUGCAGAGAUUAAGAAGUUAAUUUAUAAUUACAGAUCUAAAUCGAUUGAAAAUCAUUUUAAUGUAAAUGAUUAUUCCGAGAUUGCAGCUAUUAAUUCAUUAGCAUUUUUGUUGAUGUGUUUUUAUCAUGCAGUUAGUAUUAAGACUGUUGAAGAAAAUCAAAAUGAGUUUGAUAAUAGUUUGCAUAAAAAUGAAGGAGCCAAAAAUAGUGUAGAUAACACUGUAGGAAAUAAUAAUAAUAGUGGGCAAAAUAAUAAUAAUACUGUAUCUAUUUCAAAUAAUACACAUUCUGUUAGUAAUAGACAAAUAAAUACAGGAAAUGGAAAUUUAAAUAAUAUAAAUAAUAACUAUUACAAUAGUAAUACUACAAUAAAUGCAUAUACUAGUGGUAACAAUUUUUCAAUUGGGGGUGUAAAAAGUUUUAUUACUGAAUCAGCAAUUAAUUUAUUUUAUGAAAACUUUGGAAAGUAUAUAUCUAUACUAUAUAAUAAUAAUAUACAGAAUGUUUUUUAUAGAUAUCCAUUUUUUUUAAUUAUAAACUUUUUACUAGAUUAUAAUUAUAGUUGUCGAUAUUAUAUAAAAAAGAUAAUAUCCGAUUUAUAUUAUUGCAUUUCUAAUCUUGAUAUACGAUGUACUCAAGCUUUGUCAAGUAUUUUUAAAAAAUUAAAUGAACCAAACAUUGAUGAUUUAUUGUUGCCACCCACUAGUAGUAUAUUCUCCCUCAAAUUUAACAUAAUCAACUCUCGAAUAAAUUAUAUAAAUAAAUUAUCGUUAAUAAUUUUAUCAGGAAAUCAUAAUUUUUAUUUAGGUUAUUUACCUAAAAUUGCUGAAAAUAUUUCAGAAUAUUUAAAAUAUUGUACCGAUCUAAAACUAUAUAGAGAAAUAUUAAUACUUAUAUGUUCAAUCAUAAUAAGAAAUGAUGAAAAUGAAAUUUAUAUUAUUAUACCUACUUUUAUUUCUUUGAUUUUACAAAUAUAUCAUGUUGAAAGAAUGAAAUAUAAGAUAGCAAUUGAAAACCUUAAAAAUGUUGAUAAGAAUGAUGAUAAUUAUAUAUACGAUUUUAAUACUUAUGACAAUAGUGAUGUCUUAUGUUUGUUGAGGACUUUAUUAAUUAUUAUUAAUAUACUAGUUAAACGGAAUGUAAGCUUUAUUAAUUUCUAUUCAUGGAUAUUUUUUAAAGAUAUAUCUAUAAAAAAAAAUACAUUUUCAACACAUAAAGAUAUGGGUAAUUACAUAACACCAUCAGUUUAUAAUAAAGCAGUAAAUACAAUGAUCAAAAAUCAUAUUUUAAUUAAAAAUUCACAUAAUAUUGAACUUGAUACACGUUCAAGUGAAUCAAAUAUUAAUAAAACAAUUGAAAAAGAUGGAGUUGCUACAAGAAACUAUACAAAAGAAGGAGUCAUAAUUUUUGAUGAAGCAAUACCAAUCUCUAAUUCACCACAAGUUGAUAAAGAUGGGAAACCUGAUAUAGAUAUGCCUAUACAAGAUGAAAACAACAAAAAUAAUAAUAAAAAAAAAAAUAAAAAAAAACAAAAAAAUAUGAUCACAAUUUUUCUUAAUUCAACUGAAGAAAAGUUUUUCAAUCAUCAUUUAAUGGCAAAAAAUAAGAAAAACAAAAAUAGUAUUAGUAAUAAUCCAACUAAUUCACCAAAUAUUCCACCAGGUGUUAAUAAUAAUAUGACAAAUAAUGGUCCUAAUAUGCUAUCGUCUCAAUAUGGUAUGAAAAAAAAUUUAAUAGUAAACAAAAAUAAAGUUGAAGAAUCUAAAUUUAUUGCUUUUCUUGACAUUAUCGAGCAAGUAUAUGGUGUCCAUAAUUUAGCAAAAAUACGAAGCCAUGAUGAUAGUAUAAAUGAAGAAGGUAAUAAUGAAAAUUCCCAAAUUGUUGAAAAUAAAGUUGAACAUAAUAUAACUAGCUCUGAUGCAACAGAAGAUAAUGACUCUAUAGAAAUGAGUCACACACUAAGUAAUAGUAGUGAUGACAAUAGUAACACUAUUAGUAGUGGUGGAUAUAGAGAUGAAUAUAAUAAACAAAAUGAUGAUAGUGAAAAAUCUAUAAAUAUUGAUGAACCAUUUGAUGCACAAAAUCUUUAUUAUAAUAAUGCAAUAAAAAAUAAAAGUUAUUGUGAUCAUUAUUUAAAUGAAGAUAUUGAUGAUGAAAAAUUUAAAUCAACUGAUAAUGAGAGCUCAUCGAAUGAUAAUUUAAGUACCUCAUCAGCAAAUUCGACAAGUAGUAUCUUAUCAAAUCGGUUUAACAAAAAUAAUGCAAUGCUACAAGACUCUUCAGAUGAUGAAAUAGUAAAUAAUAAUAUUAAUGGCAUGAAUUCUGGUUUAGAUUUACAAAAUUAUGAAGAUUCAAACUCGGAUCAUAUAUAUAAUCAUCCUACUAAAAAUUGGAAUAAUUCCCAAUGCUUAACAAAUUAUGAUGUCCAUGAUUUAUUAAAACAUACAAAAAAAAAAAAAAAAAAAAUAUCAAUACAUUCUAAUACAAAUAUUUCUCACAUUUUAGUAUACUUGGCUAAAAAAAUUAAAAUGAAUUUUUAUAAAUAUUCUAUGAAAAAAUCAAAGGACGAAACCCUUAUUUUAUUAAAAGAGCUCAAUCCUGUUGAAAACGGCAUCAACGAUUUGUUUUUAGAAGUCAACCUUAAUGCAAUGUAUUCCGAUUUUUUAACUAACUAG